CAGAAAAUUUGAGAAAUUAUUAGAAAAAAACUUAAUUUUUUAAAGAAAAUUCAACUAAAACUAAAAAAAUUAAACAAAAAUGUUUCAGUUUGGUGGUUUUAAUGUAAUGUUUCCCGAAGCAGGACGCAAUUUUAAGGCAUCCUACAAAUGUUUCUCGGUAUCCAUGCUGCCGGGCAAUGAAAGACAAGAUGUGGAGAAUGGUGGCAAAAUUAUAAUGCCUCCCUCUGCCUUGGAUUCAUUGACGCGUUUAAAUGUUGAAUAUCCCAUGUUAUUUAAGUUGAUCAAUAAUAAAAAAGGUCGCACAUCACAUGCUGGCGUUUUAGAGUUUGUGGCCGAUGAGGGUAAAUGCUAUUUGCCCUAUUGGAUGAUGGAUAAUUUACUGCUAGAAGAGGGAGAUAUCUUAACAAUUGAAAGUGUUUCUUUGCCGGUGGCUAAGUUUUCGAAAUUUCAGCCUCAUAGCACAGAUUUUUUGGAUAUAACAAAUCCCAAGGCUGUAUUGGAAAAUGCUUUGCGUAAUUUCGCUUGUUUGACUACAGGCGAUGUGGUGGCUAUUAAAUACAAUAAGAAAGUGUAUGAAUUGUGUGUGUUGGAAACGAAACCGGGAAAUGCCGUCAGCAUUAUAGAGUGUGAUAUGAAUGUGGAAUUCGAGGCUCCGGUGGGUUACAAAGAACCCACGACUGCCAAAAAAGAGCAACCGGUAGAAGAACAGCCUCAAGAUCAUGUUAUGGAAGAAGUAGUGGAAACCUUCAAAGGUUCCGGCGUACGUCUGGAUGGUAAAAAGAAAAAGGACUCACAAUUGGAUACACCGGUCAUUAAAAAGAUUUUAGCUCGUGGUGUUCCAGAUUAUGACUACAAAUUUGGUAUGUUGAAAUUUGAUCGGACCAUCAAGCCCAUAAGCGAUCGUGUGGCUGAGAUCGAAUCAGCACCCGAGCCGGAAGAAACAUUCCAAGGCCAGGGUUUCUCCAUGAAAAAAUCACGCAAAUAAAUUAAAAUUUUUUUUAAUACA